ACGGUUUAUCAAAAGCAAAAUGGAGUCGAAGAUGGGAAAAGCUAACAACGAUGAAAAUAAAUCAGUCAAAGUAUUGAGAGGAGCUACAGAUCUCCAGAGGUUAAAGCUUGAAAAGUUGAUGAAAAAUCCGAAUAAAGAAGCAUUCAUACCGGAAAAAUCAAAAGAAAAAGAACCUAGAGCACCCCAUGAAUUCAUCAGGAAUGUUUGGGGAUCCAGUGCGGGAGCUGGCAGUGGGGACUUCCAUGUGUACAGAGGAGUCAGACGCCGAGAGUAUGCUAGGCAGAAGUUUAUCGAUGAGAAGGCAGAAAGGAUGGAAAAGGAUGAAGAAUUUCACAAAAAAGUAGAGGAAAAUCAAAAAGCAGCAGAGGAAAGGACAGCUAAGAAGAGGGCAAAAAGAAAUAAAAAGAAACAGAAACAAAAAGCGAAAAAGAGCAGAGGUACUGAAGAGAAAGAAGAGAACAAGAGUGAAGAAGAGGAUAGUGAUGAGGAAGAAGAUGAAAAUAAGGAAGAAGAGGAUAGAAGUAAAGAAUCAGAUAAAGAGGUCAAAGGUGAAAGUAAGGAGGAAAAAGAUGGAAGUAAAGACUCAGAUAAAAGGCCUACAACCUCUGGAGACAUUAGUGAGGCAGACAUUACUAAUGGGGAAGACGGUCGGUGACAAAACAUUGGAAUUGUUUCUGGUCACUUGGAAGUGAUUGCUCAUGUCCAUUUGGAGUGAUAAGCAGUAAAUCUUUCUCCAUUCUUACAGGGUGAAAAAUACCAUAAAGAAAUGAUAUGUUAGUAUUGUUAUUAAACUGAAUUCAGAUGAAAAUAUUGAAUCAAAGAAGAGUGUGGAAUUUGUUGACAGAAGACUCUGAAAUAAGAUACUAAUUGUUAUAUCUAUAUGUAUAUACUCUGUAAGCAGAACUUUGUCUAUUACUGAGGAAAAAUGCAUAAGGAGUUAGUAUUUGUUGCAAAGUUUUCAUUUGUAACAAUAUUGAUGCAAUUUUUAUUGUUUAAGAAAAUAAAGAGUAAGCAAGUUUUUUUACAUUUGCACAGAAAGCUUAAGUAUCAUUGUCAUCACAUUUUCUCAUUAUCUCUCUCGUGUUUUUCAUCGUUGUGUUAUCAUCAUCGCACCAUCACUUCAUCCUUUGUACAAAUGUACAAUUGCAUCAUUGUACAGUACCAUUGCAUUAUUGUACCAUUACUUCAUUGUACCAUUGCCAUUGACCCUUUAGUUAAUGCUCGAAGGUGCCUACAUGUAUGUGGCUUCCGUAAACCUUUGAUACAAAAAUAACUUUAUAUUAAGAUUAUUUAUGUUUCUGGAAAACUGUUUAAUAGCUUAUUUUUUUUUACGAAUAAAUUUUCUUUCUUAUUUAA